UGAUGUCGCUCCUGGUGCCUAAAUGUAACAGGGAAGAAGUGCUUGCUACACAUAGAUAGUGUAUUCAAGAACAACUUUUCAAUUGUUCCAAUCUAGUGGGUUCGUUGUAGAGGUAGUUGAUAGUACUAACUUAUCGAGGGAAAAUGAAGCAGCUUGAGUUUAUCAAUCGAUCGUGUUAUUUUCUUCAUUGUAUCUCAAUCUCAGAAGUCUUGUUUUUAGUAUUAUUCACGAAUGUAUAUGAAGAAUGGUAAGCGGUAGUACUCGUUGACUAGACGGCAAGAGAUCAUUGAAGAUGUCCACUAUUAAUAAUUCUAUCAGGCAUCAUAAUGAUAGAUAGAUAUCCACCAUAGACAGUGUAAUACGACACUUGCUCACAUUCUGUCGUUCCUCACAUGGUUUUGUUGCGUUAGCAUUACUACAACAGAAACGACUACUGAAUUUUUGUUGACGUGAUCUGGUGUUGCGCGUUGUACAUGUUGUGCAACUUCUGUAGUCGUUGAAAAAGAUGAUCCGCUGUGGAUCUUGUACCUACUGUAGUUUGAUGUCAGUGAAUAAAAGAACCCAUUGCUUCACCAGUGUAUUGAGCUACUGUUUUCACUAUUUGUUCAAUCAUAGGAGUGCGCUGGAGCUACAAUCUGGA